AUGUUUUCUUCACUUUUCUUUUCUUCUGUGAUUCUCGGGUUAUCGAGUGCCUCUGUUUUGACGGAUUUCCCACCGGGUUACUUCUGCUACACCGAUGGACAUUUGCAUACGGACGAUCCUUGUCGUUUUUUUGCGGCGGUGAUUGACGCGGGCUCAACGGGGACGAGACUCCAUCUUUAUCGAUUCGUUCACAACACUCUCCCACACAGUCUUCCAUUUGUCACCGAGGAGGAAAUUUUCAAAGAGGUAAAACCGGGUCUCUCCGCUUUCCACGACAAUCCAAAAGGAGCAGCACUUUCAGUAAGAGAACUCCUUGACAAAGCUCAUGAAGAGAUUCCACCGGAAUUAUGGGAGAAAACGCCGAUUGCAUUGAAGGCAACAGCCGGCCUUCGCCUUCUUCCAAAAGGUCAAGCGGACGCGAUUCUUGAAGAAGUUCAAACCGAAGUCCUCUCAUCGGGUUUCUUCCUCGCCGAGAAUGCGGUUGAGAUCUUGGAUGGCCGAGAUGAGGGAGUAUUCUCAUGGUUUACUUUGAAUCUCCUUCUCAACACCUUAUUCCAAAAAUCGAACGGUCUUCCAGCUGAUCCAGCUCCAUCAAGAACAGUUGCUGCUUUCGAUUUGGGAGGUGGAAGUACUCAGGUAACAUUUUGGCCAUCCGAUGAUUCGCUUUUCUACGAGAAUCGCGAAUAUCGAAAGGAUAUCGAUUUCUUCGACACCCAUAUGCACCUCUUUUCUCAUAGUUUCCUCGGCAAUGGUUUAAUCUCUGCUCGACUUGGUGUAUUGAUGGGAUCGACGAAUCCAGAGCUACAGUCGGACGAUCACUUGACUUCUCCCUGUAUGCCAGAAGAUUUCGAGAUUCCGAACUGGCAAUACGCGUUGAAAUCGUGGAGAGUGAGAGGAAAUCCCGAAUAUUCUGAAUCGAAAUGCGCAACAGCUGUCCGAUCAUUCGUCCGUCAGAGCUCAAUCGUUGAAUUGGAUUAUUUAAAAGGCAAGCCAAUCUACUUGUUCUCGUACUUCUUUGAUCGAGCUCUCAACGCGGGGAUUGUCAAAGAUUCAAAUGGAGGAAAAACGACACUCGGAGAAUUCGAGAAAGCUGCGAAAAUCGCUUGUCACCGUGACUCAUCUACUCUCAAUCAUGGGGCACAUUGGCUUCCAUGGCAAUGCAUGGAUCUUCUCUACAUCCAUUCACUUCUCAAGGAUGGUUAUGGAUUCGAGAAUUCACAGCCAUUAGUGUUAGCUAAAAAGCUGCGUGGGAUGGAAGUGUCAUGGGGACAAGGAUUAGCCUAUUCACUUGUCAACGAGUUCCACGAAACGGCACUGCCCGAUAUUGGUGGUGCUCAAAUCAACGCGACCGGCUCGGUGCUUGUCGAUCAAUUCUUGACGAUUCUGUAUCAAAGAACCGAUGAUCUAUUGAAAUAUUUGAAUCUUAUCUCU